AAUCGAAUUCAAGCAGAUACCGUGGAGUGUAUUAGACUGUGAAGCCGCCAGCUUAGAGAUACCAAACCCCACCAUCGGUGAGGAGAACCUCAAAGAAAAAGAAGAAGAGGAGGAGGUGGUGGACGAGGACAAGCCGGACAAGCUGCUGCCAAAGGAAGGAGCGAAGAUAUCUUGCCCUUCGAGGUAGGAGGUGCCGAUUGCGUGUGGUGAGUCGGCCUCCUACAUACUCUCUUGUGACACGAGAUAGUAAAACAUACAAUCACAUUUGAAUACUGAUUACAGAGCGCAGAGACACAUCCACCCACCCAUCCGCUCAUCUACUCAUCCGUUCGUUCUCUCGUUCUGUCGCUCUCAUCAAGAACUUCCUGUCGUGAAAUUCAAGUCCAAAGCCGCGAUGAGAAGUCCACCGUGAUUGAUAACGACGGAUGUGUUCUUGUAUAGACAGCUGAGAUCUGCUAAUAGUUCGAAGACAUCACCCCAAUUGAUUCAGGCAUCAUGAUUCUUUUGGAAGUGAACAAUCGUAUUGUGGAAGAGACGCUAAAGCUGAAAAUCAAAAAUGUACUAGAUGGCCAAAAACCCGAGGGUUUGAUGCUGACUCUGGCCGAUUUUGACGGUGUCCAGUACCGGUUAUCCAAUCCGGGCUCCAAUCCCGAUAAAACCAAGAUUCAUGUUAGCAUCGCGCUCAAAUUCUUCAAGGAUCUCCAAAGUCAUGGUGCUGAUGAAUUACUCCAGAAGAUUUACGGGCCCAUCCUGGUGAGCUCCUCGCCCGAGGGGUUUGAUGUCACGGUUGAAGUGGAUUUGACCAAUAUCCCAGACGAUUGGGAGGCUAUGGUGGCCAAAAUUGGAUUGCUGAAGCGACAUUGCUUUGCCGCUGUGUUCGAGAGAUACUUCGAGUUCCAAGAAAUGCAAGCCAAGGAAGAGAAGGUGGACGAAGAGGCGCAUAAAACGGCCAUCAUUCAUUAUCGAGAUGAUGAAACCUUGUUUGUGGAGGCCAAGUCAGAUCGUGUGACGGUGGUGUUCUCCACCAUAUUCAAAGAUGACGAUGACAUUGUACUCGGCAAGGUAUUCCUCCAGGAGUUUAAAGAGGGUCGACGAGCCUCGGCUACGGCUCCGCAAGUACUCUUUAGUCGUGAUCCUCCUCGGGGAUUAGCCGAAACGGAUGCUCGCGUUGGAGAGGGUGUUGGGUACAUUACCUUCGUACUUUUCCCAAGACACACGUCGAAAGAGGUUCGCGACAACACGAUUGAUUUGAUCCAUCUGUUCCGUAAUUACCUUCACUAUCACAUCAAGUGUUCCAAGGCGUACAUUCAUUCUCGUAUGCGGGCCAAGACUGCGGCUUUUCUGAAGGUGCUUAAUCGAGCCAAACCUGAGCCCAAAUCCAACCCAAGAAAUGUGGUCCCGGUAAAUAGCGACUCGAUUCGGUCUCUACUGCCAUAGUUAAUUACUGAUCAAAUGAAGGUUCACGGAUCCCCCAAAAGUGUUGUGCGCCUUGGGCUCUGAUUGCAACCCUCUGCUUCUAAUGAUGGACUAAUCUGAUAAUCAUUUUGUUAAUUACGGGAUGUGCCCUUCGGCGUACAAAAAAGCAAUCGCAACUAUUCCAUCUUGGUGCAUUUGAGCUUGUCUUCUUCGUGUGGAUUGACAAAGAACGUCUGGAAGCUUUGUCGGGACUAAUUCUACGAUUGAUUUUUUAUAUAUAUUUAUUUUCUCUCCUUGCUUUCUGAUCCAAUUACCAAGCAAAGAAGAAUCAUUUUGGCUCGUUAGCCGCGCAAAGAACAUGAGAACAAUAAAAGAUGUUUUCCAUACGAAGGAAA